CAACCAUUCGAGAAACAAAUCUGGAGAGUGGAGAUUGUUAAUGAGCUUACUGAUCAAUGAUAACCGCUGAAUGGAAUUAAUCUAGCGGCUUGAUUUUGCAACAUCCUACCAAUUAAUUAUGCGUACGGAGGUUAUCAAGGCAGACACCAUUGAUGUGGCCGUUAAAAGAAUUCUCAAUGAACUCAAUGAAAGUAGACAGAACGUCAUCUACUUCGAUGGCUGGGAAGGACUGGGGGCAUCUUCGGUCCUGCGAGACAUAGCUCGACGCUUGGAAUUAAAGGAACCGACUAGGCCUCCUGGACUGGAUUUUGAGCAAGUCUUCCACAUUGACUGCUCAAAGUGGGAGAGCACAAGAGCAUUGCAGAGAGAAAUCGCAGAGCAGCUCAAGCUUCCCAAUUGGGUGAUGAAGAUGUUUGACAACCAAGAUGAGGAGGAUGAUUUCAAUGGGAUUAUUGAUCAGAGCUCUCGCACAGAGAUAGCAGAUGUUGCAAUUGAGAUCCAGAGGAGCAUUCAGGGCCGCAGAUUUCUUGCUGUUCUUCACAACGGAAGCAAUGAGGAUAUUGACAUAUCUAGACUUGGUCUUUCUGUAUACCCGUAUUUGACCAACAAGGUGGUAUGGACUUUCCAAGGGAGGUUCCGGAUGGAUCCCAAGAUGGUAGACAGUGUGAAGAAGAGCAAAACAACAGAUGUUAUUGUUUCAGCUUCAAGUGAUGUACGAGAUCCACGGGAGCUUUGGUUGUAUCUAGUGCACCAAGAGGCUGUAGAAGUUUCUUUCAAUAAGCAUGGUCAUUGCAUCAUCAAUCCAGAGAUUGCUGCAGAGUGUGUUUUGUAUAUGUUGAAACAAUCCUGGAUUAGCUCUCAGUGUCACAUGAUUGAAUAUGACUGGGCUAUCCAUAGCAGUAACUAUUGGGCAUGCGAUGGGAUCAUCGCACUGACCGAGAUAGACCAAUCAUGGCAAGUUAGCAAUGCUCUGCAACGCGAGCUGUUGUUGUUGCUGGACAUGGACAACCGCCCUAACGGUGAUGAAUCAAGAGUAGUGCCUUCCAGCUCUCACCUGGCAAGGUCUGUCGAGUGCAUGCCAUACUGGAUUUCAACAACAACUUGUGGGCUUGUAGUGAGUCCCUCUGGUGCUAUUCCCGACAACUUGUUCCAAAACACGCACAGACUUGGUGUGCUCAAGCUCUCAAGGUGUACUUUCAGUUUCUCAUCGCCUCCAUUCCUCUGUUGCCAGAGCCUGAGAUUCUUGUGGCUUGAGAACUGCAAAGACCUUGUAACAAGCACAAGCACCACAAAUCAUCACCCAAGAGAUGCACACAAGGAGCAGGAGUUGGAGAGCAGCAGCACGACAUCUUGGGAAUGCUUUCAAAGUUUGUGGGUGCUUGACCUGCGCUACACAGAUUGGGAUCAGAUUUUGUCUGCAAGGGUGUUGGAUGUGAUGACUCAGGUCAGGGAGCUAAAUGUAAUGGGAGCCAGGAACUGGGACAUUAGCCAUAUACGGGGACGGCUAUGUAACAUACGCAAGCUCCGGAUAACAAAGUCCACCUGCUUCUUCAACAACAACGUGUUCUCAGAGAUGGAAAACAUGGAGCUUCUUGAUUUUUCGGGAAAUCACAUCACACAAGGCAUGACAUGCUUAUCUGGGCCAGCAAGCACUAGCCUGAAGAGCGUCAUUAUUGAUGGAUGUGAUGGGUUAGAAAAUAUCUCUUUUAGGGGCUGCAAAGAAUUGUCAAACGUGUUGUUGAAAGGAUUAUUUAGGGGUCUCGAGGAGCUGGAACUCUCAGGCACAAGAGUGAAAGUCCUCAAUCUGACAGGAAUGGAAGCCAGAUCACUCCCCAGGCAGAUCAUCAUCCUAGGCUGCGAGAAGCUCCGUGCAAUAUUGUGGCCACUGAGUAUGAAAAAGGAAGGGUUGCCGAAAGUGUUGCACAUUAACACCACCUCACCAUCAGUAACAACUUACAGAGGGGAGGCACCACCUGUGCAUCCACAUGCUGAUCUAUCCCUCCACCAGCAGAAAGAGGAAAUCUUUAAGGGCGGAUGGCGGAUUUGUAUCACGGAUGCAAGGCUCCUUAGUUCCCUCUCUCCCAUAGAAAGGUUUUUAAUAGGAUUGCACGUACAUAUUGAUAUCUGCCCUGCAGUUAAUAUUGGUGGUAGCAGUGACAAACUAGUGCAAGUCCACCUGCAUACAAGUACCUUAAUGGACUCCAAGUACAGAGAUGUCUUGAAGGAAGGCCCAGUUGCAGCAAUGAUGAUGUGCGACGGCCCCAAGAUACAGAGGCACUGGAAUAACCAAGUUACAUGUUUCAUAAAGUUGGUGAUGCACGGGCAGGGGAAUAGACUCUUGGAGGAUGCUGCGGGUGCUAGUACUAGUGCUUUAUUAUUGCCUAAAUUUUUAUGUGAGUUGGCUACAUCGCUGCACGUGUAUGAUAACUUGUCCAUCACUAGUAUCCCUGGACCUCCCCAAGGAUCAAAAUGGAGUGGACUAAGAUGGUGCUGCGUGGAGAGAUGCCCCAGGUUACACACACUCUUUCAGAGACCUCCCCGUGACACUCGUUUGUCCGGCCUUUCGGAUCUGGGGACAUUAUGGGCAUCCAAGCUCCUCUCUGCACUAUACAUGUGGGACAAUCCAGUUGAAAGUAACUUUGUUCGCCUGAUCUUAUUGCACCUGGACCACUGCCCUAGGCUCGUACAUGGGAUCCCCUUGUCCAGGUUUUGGGACAGAUACACAAUGAGGUGGCUGGAGACCAUCGAAAUAGUGUACUGCGGUGACAUAAGGGAGGUAUUCCCUUUGAGCCCUGAGCGUCAUGAGCAGGAUAAGAUUAGAGUAUUUCGUGAUCUGAGGCGCAUCCACCUGCACGAGCUCCCCAAGCUGCAGCGCAUCUGUGGGUUCAGGAUGUCCGCACCAAAACUCGAGACCAUCAAGAUCAGGGGCUGCUGGAGCCUCAAGCGUGUGCCAGCCAUCGGACGCAACACCAAGCCACCCAAGGUAGACUGCGAGAAGGAAUGGUGGGACAACCUGGAGUGGGACGGGUUGGAGAAGUACCACCACCCUUCCCUCUAUGAGCCGAGCCACUCGCUGUACUACAAGGCCCAACUGCCCCGAGGCACCGUACUCAGGUAGUCCAUCACUUCCGCAGAUUCAUAUUGACCUUCUCUCGACGCAAUACGCAUUAUCCUGAGGCAUGCAGUGCUGCUUGCUCUGCUUCCCAUUUGAUUGGCUUGUGGUGUUCUCUCUGCAUAAUAUAUGCUUUGCCUUGGUUCGGCAGUGUGGCUUCCAGUUUGAGUUGAUUGGAUUGGAUUUGAUUUGGUUUGGUGUGAUCAAACCUUUGCUCGAGCUCCUGAACAAUUGAGGAAUAACACAGAGCAGGCACAACUUCUGCAGCAUGAGCCCCUGAGUGCUCAUGUUGUUGCGUGCUCAUUCUGUGUGUGUGGUAGUGCUUGUCACAGUAUGAAUUGUCAGGUAUGGACUUGUUGUAAUUUUUAAGCGUAAACGAUGAUGGUGAUGAUUUGUGUUUGCGUGGUGUUGUUGUGAUAUGACUACGAAUACUCAGCAAUGUGUUGUUUGUUCCAGUGCCAGUUUUGUAUAUGCUCAUUGUUCC